AUGGCCGGCUCAACCCACUUGUUCGGUCGUGACGACCUGUCUAUAAUAGCAACUCCUGGACCAGCAACUACCACGACUCCUUCGCUCACAGCCAACCUCGUCUGCAGAGUACUUCUCGCCACCAUCGCCAACAUAGCAUGUAUAGUACCUCUAAAGAAUCUUUACCGCAAUGGCGAAUUCGCGGCUGUUGUAUUUAUUGCCAACAUUCAGUUUGCCAAUUUCGACACAAUCAUCAACUCCCUUAUCUGGAGAGACGACGAUACUAGCAAGUGGUGGUCUGGCGAAGGACUCUGUGAUAUCAGCCCGUACUAUACCAAUUUCCAAAUGGCAUUAUUCGUCACCUGUCUACUCGCCAUAAUGCGCAACCUCGCUCAACAAGUCGGUCUUUUGCGCGCCAAUUCCUUGACUGUCCAAGAGAGACGUCGACGUAACCUUGUCCAGGCACUCAUCAUGUUCCCACUUCCUGUUAUGCAGCUUGCCUGGGUAUGGCCUUUGACUACUCAGAGAUAUGCGAUAGCUACACUUGUGGGAUGCACUUGGAUUGCCUGGCCUUCCUGGCCUUAUAUGGCCUUCUUCGCUGUUGCCCCUGUUGUCGUUGCCCUGAUAACGUCCGGAUAUGCCAUUCUGACCUAUAUCCGCUUCCGUGAAGUCGCAAGGACCACUCGAACAGCCAUCAACAGCAGCAGGUCUGCUAACCAGCGCGCCCAAAGGACAAAGCGCCGCCUCUAUCUAAUGGUGCUGGCCAUCUUGAUCCCUUACCUACCCGUGGUCAUCACUUUUGCUGUUCUCAACAUUCUCGGUGCUUCUCCACUUCAGCCCUUCGAUUACGACCUCAUCCAUAACCGUACCUGGCCUUAUCCAUGGUCGGCUGUCAUUCUCGUCCCGUCCAAUGGCUUCAAUUUUGUCCAUUUGAACAACUGCUACAUCCAUAUCCUCGCUGCUGUCCCGGUCGUUAUCUUCUUCGGAAUGACAAAAGAUGCUAUUAACAGCUAUCGUCGCGGUCUGCUCUGCUUUGGUCUUGGUCACGUAUUUCCGAAUCUCCAUGAGGAGUAUGAUCCCGAUAGGACCACAUACGGCAGUAGUUCUGGGAACUCUCACCUCAUGGAUUCCUCAGUCUCAACCACAUCCUCAAUUCCGAGAAAGAUCAGAAGUCUCUUUUCUAGUCGUAAUCUUACCACUUCGUCAUCAGCGACUCUUGAUCCUGUCUCUCUGCAGUCAAUCAACGUUCCUACUGCGACACCAGAAGCCGAGCCAGAACGCGACUUGGGCGGGUUCAGACCUUCACAACCACCUCGUCCAGAGAUAGUCUACCCGCCUCAUAAUGCUCCAUCUUCCACAGAAGACCCAGUAACUCUACCACCUCGAAACCCCUUCCUCUUCCGUACUCGUUUCGACUUGCCCACGAUACCACUACCAUCACUGGCUUCUUUCAGCUUCAGAAAGAAGAAGGACCGAAGGCCCCCUUUGGAUCGUGGCCUGCCUCUCCAUUUUCUUCCUUCUGUCAUGAACAGUCGCUUCUGGGAGAGCAACUCGUCUCCCCAACCUGCACGCAACCAAACGCUGGUUUGGGCUGAUACAGUAGACAUCCCGACUCCUGACAUCAUCACGCCUCAUACGCACUUGCUGGUUCCCAUAUCUUCGAAUUAUUCUAUCACAACUGAGCCUCUGGAAGAAACUUAUAGACGCUAG